AUGAAGUUGAGCGCAAGUGUGAGAAGGUCUCUAAGAGCAAUAGGUAGAUCAAAAAAAGUGUGGCAUCUCAUUGGGUAUUUUACUGACUCACAGAAAGUUUCUUUGUGUAUGAGUCGGUCUGCUGAACUUCUGCAACAAAGAACUUCUGACGCAGCAUUUAGUGCUUUAGGGAUUGUGGCCGAAGCUUUGUCAAUAAGCGGUUACUCAGAGAAAUUACUUGAAAUGAAAGGAGAGGCUCUCUGUACGGUGCGGAAGUAUAACGAGGCGAUACAAUUAUGUGAGGAAACUAUUGAUAUUGCUGAAAAGAAUUUUUCCACAGUGGGAAGUGCUAACCAGUCAGCCAACAUGGAUGAUUCAGAGUGCAAAGAGUCUUCUGUAAGGCUGUGGAGGUGGCAGCUAAUGUCCAAGUGCUACUUUUAUUUGGGAAAGCUUGACGCAGCUCUUGAUUUGAUUGAGAAACUAGAGCAAUUAAGAUCUACCAAGAAUAAGGGUGGAAGUAUGACUCAGGAAUCAUCAACCUGUUUAGUCACUGUACGUGAUCUUCUAUGCCGCAAGGUAUGCUGUCAGUUGCUUUAAGUUAAUCUCCUUACUUUGGUGCUGACCCUUUAGUUGUCAGAAUAUUUGGGGGUUACUUCCACAAAAGGGGAAAAGGUUUAGGUGGUGCCGUGAUGGUCAUGCAUAACAUGCUUCCUAUAUUAUGUUUUCUUUACCAGUCUCAAUCUAUAUCCUUGGGUUUAUGAAAUAUUGGUAUGUACAAUGAAGCUCAAUUUCUUUUAUUGAUAAGCAUGAAUACUGAAACUUAAAUAACCAUAUUGUUUAUAUAAAAACCUUUUAUGUGGAACCUGUUGCUAUAAAACCAAAUACUAAUGAGAACACCAUCCCACCGUUAGUUUUAAGAUGUUGCGACUCUGUGGGUCAGCUGCAAAUAUCAAACCUCUGAAGUUUAGCAGAAGCACAUAGGGUGUUUCAUUUUACUAUUUUAGUACUGUAUCUUGAGUUAUCAUUGAAACAGGACAUUUGAUCCGUUUAACCUCAUGUGAUCAUUGAAAGGUGAUCCUUUUUUUUUUUUUU